CGCGCUUCGUCUUUGGUCGCAUAUCACUUCCCUCCCCAUUCCCCAGCCUGUCUCAUCGACAGUCCCGGAUCUGCUGAACCUUGGCGUGCUUUGAGUUGGCCUACUGCUCCGAUUCAGCGCUGCCCAAGACGGGCAUUGCUGGUCUGUCGUCACGGUCCGCCAGAGCCUGCGACUCUUUGGCGUCUUGCUAUUUCUCCUCCGCCAUAUCACAGGACCUGCCCACACCGGAUCCACUCUCGGCGCACCGGUGCUCUCAGGAGCCUGCAUCCUCAGUGCUGCUGCUUCCUCUUCCCACUGCCAUCCAUUUCUAGGAGGACUCUGCCCGCGUCGUCCAGUGCCUGUUUGUUGUGAGGACCAACGGCGUGCCCACCAUGCCUCAGGAGAUCGCCCGCCAGUGGUUCGUGCCGGGAGAGGGCAUCGACCGACAUGUGAUUUCCGCAGACAUCCAGAGAUACCUGGGCAACGAUGCGACCGUCCGACCCGGUGUGGGAACCGGCGAGAACCAGGGCGUGCAAGGCUACUGGAUCAAGGCGUACCGGAAUUUGACAUCAGCAAUGAUUGCGGAUCUGCGCGCAGACUCUGCACGAUGGAGGCAGGAGCAGCGCCAGACAGGCACAAGAGGUAGCAAGAGCCCUACCAUGAGUAUCAAAUCGGGGUUAACAGUACCUGACGACUCAAUAGAACCUUAUGUGGGCUCUUCCACAUACCACGCUUCCAGUGCGGGGAGGGUGUCACAAAAACGCUCGGGAGGAGACUCGCCCAACAUGGAUGGACCGUAUGGCUUGCCCCCAUCCCAACGCGAGCGUGAACGGGAAAGGAUACCAGUGGACAGAAUGCAGGUGGACCCGCCUGCGCCCAGCAGAGGAAGCUAUCCUGCACCGGAUCGCCGUGCCCCAUAUCAGCCUGACGGCCGACCAUUUCCCUCUGAAAGUAGAGGGUUUGCGCCGGACGGUAGGUCAUCAUAUCCUGCGGAUACCAACAUGUCCGGCUUUGGUCAGCCUCCCGUCACCAGUGCAUAUGGUCAGGAACCUAGGUAUGCUCCAAGCUACCAGCAGUCCAAUGAUGGAGCCCCGCCAGGCUACGUGAGACAGGGCAACUACUUUGUACCGGUAUCCGGAUAUGAGACUGCUCCAUCAAUACCAGGUCGCGCCGAUCCAUAUGGCGCAGGAGGAUAUCCACAACCGCCUCCACAAGGUCGUGAUCCAAGGGAAACAAGGUAUCCUCCUCAGUCCGAUUAUGCAGACCCCGCCAGGUACGCCUACCCUAGUCCGGCAGCCACUGUGUCCUCCGUGUCCGCUCGGGAUCGUGAGCCCAUUGCGAGUCCACCACAGCAAAGUCCAUACGGUGCUAUUCCCGCACAGCAGUACGAUCAAUAUGCUGGUCGACGUAAGUUCACAUGAGCGAAUUCAAGGCGUAGACCCGUACUGACGGGUCGCGCCAGCUGCACCAAGCAACCCACAACCCAGCUCUGGAUCCUCGCGCACAAACCGUGCCAGUGUGUUUGGUGGCUUGUCUGGCACUUCUUCUAGCGACCGCCGCAGGAGGUGAUUGCGUCCACAUUUCGUGGACAAUUUGGACUCCGGUGUGGGCUUGGCCGUUAUGGAUAUGUGCAACCGCACUCUAGGAGGCACACUGGCCGUCAUUGGCGCUCUGGCAUGGAUCGCACUACCUUGUGUUCGUGUCAUGAUCCAUCAUGUGGCUAUCCAUACUGGCCAGUAUCACACUACCCGGGCACAUUGGCCUCAUGCAUUACUACGUUCGCGGACUGUGCUCCAGGCCUUGCAGGAUAUGGCCACAUGACAUCCACACCUACAGCUGGAUGUAAACAAACACAUCUUCAAUGGAGCUCGCAAGCACUCUAAGCGUUGGCGUUUCCCUGACUUGGAUUUGAGCCAUACAUGGGCGGUCCUGCUCGAUACCCACGAAGUUAAGCAAUCCGGAUGCGACCACUUGGACCUCCGGAGAUGCGUAAUGAUUCUCUUAUGCUUGUUCAGCUCAGCAUACAAAUUGGCGUUUACUUUUGAUAUUGACAUGAUGCAUUGGCCACAUGGAGCGGGUAGCGAUGAAAUGUUGAUGAUUACUACGAGGGUGUAGCACGAAGGAGGAAAGCAGCUUUUGUGCUGGGACCGUCGAUUGCGACUCCUGUGAUGGUUUCACUUGUUCGGGAGCAAAAGAGCUGGCGAGCGAGCGAGCAUGUGUGCAUAUCAGCUACUUACCAAAACCUGUGGCUCUUUUUGAUGAUGAGAAAAAAAAAAGAGCGGAAGAAAAUACUGCCAAGAAUAAUAUGUGCAUCCUUCAACGAAAAACAAUUCGCUAUCAGA